AAGGCUGCGGCGUCGACGACGUUCGCGCAGCUGCGCUCGCUCGCCGCGGGCGGCUUCGGCGGCGUGUGCGCCGUCGUCGUCGGCCACCCCUUCGACCUCGUCAAGGUGCGCAUGCAGACGGCCGAGAAGGGCGUCUACUCGGGCGCCAUCGACGUCGUCAGGAAGGGUAUCGCGAGGGACGGCCUGCGGAGGGGCUUGUACGCGGGCGUGAGCGCGCCGCUGGUGGGCGUGACGCCAAUGUUCGCCGUCUCCUUCUGGGGCUACGACGUCGGCAAGAGCCUCGUCCGCAGCGUGUCCACGGUCGCGCCCGACGGCACGCUCUCGAUCGGCCAGAUCUCGGCGGCCGGGUUCUUCUCGGCGGUGCCCAUGACGGCCAUCACGGCGCCCUUUGAGCGGGUCAAGGUGAUCCUGCAGGUGCAGGGCCAGCGCAAGCUGGCUCCCGGCGAGAAGCCGCGGUACAGCGGCGGCGUGGACGUGGUGCGCCAGCUGUACCGCGAGGGCGGCGUGCGGUCCGUGUUUCGCGGCAGCGCCGCCACGCUGGCCCGUGACGGUCCCGGCUCCGCCGCCUACUUCGCCGCCUACGAGUACAUCAAACGCCGCCUGACGCCCGUCGACCCGGCCACGGGCAAGCCGAGCGGCCAGCUGAGCCUGAUGGCGGUGACGUGCGCCGGCGCCGCUGCCGGCGUCGCCAUGUGGAUACCCGUCUUCCCCAUCGACACCGUCAAGAGCAGGCUGCAGACCUCCGAGGGGAACGUCACCGUCGGCAGCAUCAUCAAGGAGGUGUACGGUAGGGGCGGCCUGCGCGCCUUCUUCCCCGGCUUCGGGCCCGCGCUCGCCAGGGCGGUGCCCGCUAAUGCGGCGACGUUCCUGGGCGUCGAGUUGGCGCACCAGGCUAUGAACAAGGCCUUUGGUUGAGAGGGUUGGAAUGUUGUUGGGUUACAAUUUUUUCUUCCCCUUGGAAAGGAGCCGGGGUAUUUAGAUGGGUAUCAUGGAGUAUCUUGCUGGGCCUGCCGGAUGGAGGACCAUGUGGGGGAUUGGAGAGUCCCACGCUGGCUGGAUCUGGGGGCUUACGAGACCGGCCAAAGUGGCCAAAGUGGCUGCGUUCCUGACAGGGCAGAACUCGCAAGCCGUCGUGUCCGCGUCCGAUGUGGAGGUAUCAGGUCAGGUUAAGCAAGGAUUCAAGAUGGAGAUAUGAAGGGUGAACAGAGCGAAUAUGUACACUACGAUAGAAUCAGGCCACUAGUUCAGGAUAUUCAAUCUAUUUUUCCCAUC